GUAGGUUAUUGUUAUUGUUUUGAAACCUGGCUUCGUCUAUUUUGAAUGUUAAAAAUUUAAUUUGUUAUUAUCUGUGAUGAAUACUCUCAUUUAUGUGUAAAAAGGCAUAGCAAAUCAAUAAAUCUCAUUUGUUAUUACAUUUUGUUGCAAUUGUUCUUAUUUAAAGUUUUAAUUUGAUAUUUUAAACAUUUUUUUGGUUCUUAAUUACAUUUUAGCGACUGAUUCUUAGAGGUAUUUUAAAUUAUGACUACUGUUGACAAUAAAAUAAAAAAAAUUGAUAGACAAGCCGUUGAAUUUACUGUUAAGUGUGAUUGGAAGGGUUGUGUGAGUGACUCUUUAUCAAAAUAUGAGUUUUAUGGGCACAUUAGUAAGCAUGUUCGUGACUUAGAAAUAAAUGUUGAUGAAAGUGAAGAAGAAUAUUAUAGUUGUCUUUGGUCCUCCUGCAGUUAUGAUUCAAAAGAUUCUCAAGAAAUCACUAGACACAUAAAAUAUCAUGCAUAUUUGUCUGGUUUGAAAGCUUUUGGCAAAUAUGUGUCUGAAACAAACGAACUUCCACCAUGUCUAAUUACUUCGGAGUACCAUGUUAUGAACAAUGUUGGUGAUCUUCCAUACAUUUGUUCAUGGAAUGAUUGUAGCGAAUCCUGUGUAGGAAUUCAAGAAUUUAUUGAUCAUGUUCAUCACCAUAUUAAGUGGAUGACGAAAGAAGAUUCAAUGAAAUGUUCAUGGACUGAUUGCGAAUCAGUGUUUCAGAAAAAGGCUAAACUGACUGAUCAUAUUAAGACUCACACGAAAGAGCAUUUUGUUGCUUGUCCUAAUUGUGGCCAUACUUUCGCCAAUAAGACUAAAUUUGCGGAUCAUUGUUUGACCCAAAAACCACUGGAAGAACACACAUUUCAAUGCAACUACUGUUUAAGUUUACAUCCAACUGAAAGGAUUUUAAGAAAGCACAUGGGUCAGCACAUACACCAUUAUAAAUGCCCAUUUUGUAAUAUGACAUGCAAUAAACCGUCACUGCUUUCCAAGCACAUACGACAUAUACAUCUGGAUUAUAAAUCAUUCAAAUGUUCAUCCUGUUCCUACCAGUGCAGAUCCAAAUAUGAUCUGAAGAUUCAUUUAAUGUCCCAUGUUACGGGUUUUCAGUCUUGUCUCGAGUCUGGAUGCGAUUAUACCACUUCUUCUCAGUUAGCUAUGAAGAGACACUUUGAAAAGAAACAUGUACCUGGAAGGCAAUAUGGUCCGUUUGCUUGUCAUAUAUGUGAAAAAAAGGUUACUAGAGGAGCACAAUUAACUAAACAUCUAUUUAAAAAACACAACAUAAAAAAGCCUCCUGGUUAUUCUCGAUUCCUGUAUAAAAUUGAUGGAGACGGAUACAGACGCCUCCAAACUGUUCGGCUAGAAAGCCUUGAUGUCAACGAAAUGUCAGAAUUAGACGAAAUAGAAAACUCGUACCUUACCAAAUCUAGUGAAGAAGUGGAUGAUCCUUCAUACAACGAGAAUCUCAACACUGGCAAAAUAUCUUUUACAAACAAGUUAGAAGUUCCAGCAUCUUCAAAAGUAAUAACUCUUGACGUCUUAGGAGAUAAAGGUCAAAUUUUGUCUUCUUGUACUGUUAUACCUGAAGAUUCUCUUCCUCCAGAAGCUGAAAUAAUUGCUGUUGGUUCAUGAACCAACAAUAAUAAUAUUAAUCAGGAUUAUUAUUAUUAAAACCAAAAAUUUAUACAUGACACUUAUUUGGACUUGCAGUCAUAUUCAUAGAAAUUACAUCACCAGUACAAAUUUUAUUUCAUUUACCACAAUGCUAUCUGCAAGAUCUCUGGAUAUUUCUUUGCCAGUUUUGAAUCGAUAUUCUAAAAACAAUAGCACCAUUAAAUGGUCAAAUUGUUAUUUUAUUUUUCUCCUCCCAGUUCCUUUCUUUAGCUCCCAUAAUGCCUUAAGAAAUUUUUUUUUUUUUUUCAAAACUAUCACGGCUGUUAAUUGGUGGUAUUCUUUCCUCUUUGCUAUUUCCUGUGAAAAUUCCUUCACUUAAUAUAACAUCACAAUUUUAAUACUUUCUGACGAGGACAUAUGUUUGAAACUUCAUAAUUACAGCUUUUAUCCUGGCAUUACUUGAACUGGAAAAAAUGAACUGAAACAGUAUAACCUAAAUAAGCAAAGAAAAACAAAAACAUUCAAUGGAAUAAACAUGAGAAUCAAAAGAAAUAGGUGGUGUGAUUUCUAUGACCACGAUUGUAUUUAGUAAUAAAAGAAGAUGGUCUGGAUGGUGGUCAAGAAUAAUAUUAAAAAUAGCAGAAAUUAUUUAUUGAAUGCCUACAUUUUGGCCUCGUCACAGACCUUCUGAGCUACAAAAAAAAAAAAGGCUCAAUAAAGAGUAUAUAAAACACAGAAGUAUCUAAAUCAUAGAAAUAUUUUCAAUAUUCAUUUCUAACCGGUCAGAUUUAAUUUGUUUUAUAUCAUAUUUUUUGCUUUAUACUAUUUCUAUUUAUAUCUUGACCACCACCUUCUUUAAAUAUUAAUUUGUAUUAUUUAAUUUAUAUUAUGAUUGGCAAUUAUUAUUGCUUAUAGCCCAUAGAUGGCUGAUUGUUACUUUUGCAAAUAAAUUUUUUUUUUUAAAUUGGAUUAAUAUAUUA